AUGGAAGACCUUCUCAGUUUACCUGGAGUUGGCCCUAAGAUGGCUGUCUUGGUGAUGGAGAUAGGCCAUGGACAUCGUGAUGCUGGUAUUUGUGUGGAUACCCAUGUCCAUCGCAUCGCUGCUAUGCUGGGAUGGACCAAGAAUGCUAAGACGCCCGAGGCGACCAGACAGCAAUUGGAAGCACGGUUACCUCUGAAAGUGUGGCCAGAUGUAAACCUGUUAUUGGUUGGCCUAGGGCAGAUGGUCCAACAGAGACCAUUUGAACUGUUGAGACGGUGCAUUGAUUGCAUCCAUCCUUUAGCAGCAUUGAAGUUAGUUGGACGGAUAGGGUGUAACUUGAAAGUGGUGGAUAAACUUACUGGCGACACCAUCGUGGAUGUCGCUGAGGCGGCCCAUUGUGGCCAGGACGUUAUGGACUACCUCAAGACCCGGGGAGUUGAGGAGGGCCAUCGUAGUCCGGCACGGAUCACUCCCUCUAGAAGAAAACGUAAGGGAGAUGCUGGUACAGCUGAGGAGGCGAGGAGAGGCUCAGCUAAAUGUCGGGCUGGUCUCGACGGGUUUACAUAUAGUGGUCAUUGA